CUGUGGGACAGCACGAGUAUCAGACUUUACAAAAAAAUGCUGUGGAUAAUAUUCUUAAUGCUUAAUGGACUGCUUGUACUAGCGCUCCUUUACUCCACUCGCACAAGACAAAAGAAUGAACCACCUCUGGACAAAGGUUUUGUGCCAUGGUUGGGGCAUGCACUUGAAUUUGGAAAAGAUGCUGCAAAGUUUUUGGCCAGGAUGAAAGAAAAACAUGGGGAUAUCUUUACAGUCUGUGUUGCUGGUCAUUACGUGACUGUGCUGUUGGACCCAAACUCCUUUGAUGAUGUGCUGAAUGACACUGUUUUCUUGGACUUCACCCGCAACAGAAACCAUCUCAAAAAAAGAAUAUUCAGUCUACAGCUGCCAACAAGCCUCAGGCCUUCAGCAGAAAGGAAAUGGAUGGAAAUGCAUUUUCAAGGCUUCAGUCUAUCCAAGCUCAGCACUUCUAUGACCACUCACCUGCAGAACCUGCUGUUGAAUGAACAAAAAAGCUGCAGCCCAUCAGAGUGGAGUCAGGAGGGCCUCUUCAGCCUCUGUUAUAGCCUUCUUUUUAGGGCUGGAUAUCUGACAUUGUUUGAGAGGACAGACAAUACUGCUGCUGUCUACAAAGAGUUCCGCAAGUUUGAUGAUCUUCUCACCAAACUGGCUCACUGCUCACUAAAGCGAGAGGAAAGCAAAACAGUCAACUCAGCACGGGAGCAAUUGUGUGAGCUGCUGUCCCCAAACUGGCUGAGUGGAGGGUCCGAGUCGAGCUCCUGGCAGCGGAGCUACCAUCGCUUCCUUGAGGAGGCGGGCGUAGACGCUGACAUGCAGAAAAGAGCUUUAUUGUUGCAGUUGUGGACCACACAGUGUAAUGCUGGACCUGCUGCCUUCUGGCUGCUGGGCUUCCUCCUUACUCACCCUGAUGCCAUGGAGGCUGUUAAAUCAGAGAUCAGAGGCCUCACUCUCCAGGACAGUUCCCUAAAGCAUCCCCCCAUCAACCCACUGGAGACAUGCAGCACACCUGUGUUUGAUAGUGUUCUGAGUGAGACCCUACGGCUCACCGCUGCGGUUAUGAUCAGUAGAGAGGUGGUGCAAGACAAGAUCCUGCGCAUGGCCGAUGGACAGGAAUACCACCUCAGACGAGGGGACAGAGUGUGUGUGUUCCCUUUCCUCAGCCCACAAACUGACCCAGAGAUACACCAAGAACCACAGGUUUUCAAGUAUGAUCGCUUCUUAAAUGAAGAUCUGACAGCAAAGGAUGAAUUCUACAAGAAUGGAAAAAGGCUGAAGUACUACACCAUGCCUUGGGGCGCAGGGAAUAAUAUGUGCAUUGGGAAAGAAUUUGCUGUAACGGCCAUUAAAAAAUUCGUGUUCUUGCUCUUGACCAAUCUUGAUCUGGAGUUGAUUGACCCAGAGGCUAAACUGCCACCAGUUAAUGCCAGUCGUUAUGGUUUUGGGAUGCUCAAGCCAGAUGGAGAACUGCAAGUCCGGUACAGACUGAAGAGGAAGCUGCAUGACAUGUGA